UUCUUGGCCCGUUAGCACAUAGUAAGCGAAGGGUUCUGAAUGUUGUGGAAACCCUAGUUGAACCCUUGUUGUAGUUGUGUGGCAGUUGCAGGAACUAUUCAUCUUAGAGAGAAGGGAAUCGAAGAAUCCGUUUUCGCAUGCCUGCAACUCCAUCAAGCAACAAAGGAAUCUCUACCCUCUUCGCUUUCACCCCUCGCCAAGUUCUGUUAACAAUGAAGCACACCGCUCACAACUCCAAACUCUUUCUUCACCAAUCCAUUGCCCGUUACUUGGAACGCAGUGGCUUCUCCAAAACCCUUAAAAAGUUCCGCUCCGAAGCGCAAUUCGAGAAGGAUGAUUUGGAGGGGACGCCAGUUGAUCUGGAAGAAAUGUGCCUCAAGUAUUUAGAAAUAUGUGGCAAAGAUGAUAAGUCAAAUAUCGAUGAUCAAAAUGAGCUAGCUGUGCACAGCAAAAACAAAGAUGGUAAAUCCAAGGAAAAGAAGAAAAAGAAAAGCAAGUUAGUUUCUGAAUCUCUUGCUAAUAAUGUGGAAGGCAAUCAAUUGGAUUCAGUUACUACUGUUGCAAAAAAUAAAGUAAAGGAUGAUGUUUCUGCUGAUGCCAAAGUUAUUAAUGGUUCCAAGACAGAGAAAAGAUCUAAGUCUAAAACAAAAAAGAAUGAUAAGAGAGAUGGUCAAGGUGAUGCCAUAGAGCAUAUUGGAGAUCCCAAUGAAAGUGUUCUUACAGAAGAGAACAUUGAAGAAUUAAACAAAGAAAUGAAACAUGAGGAGAAGAAAGAUUCUAAGAAAAGGAAAAGACCAAUUUCUGAAGAAAAUGGUCAACAGGUUGCAGAUAUUAAGGCUGAUGAUGAAGCCAAACGCAGAAAAAUAGAAAAUUUGAGUGGCAAUCAAUUACAGAAGACAUCUAAGGAGCAAUCCAAUGGGAACCUUGAGAAUGAUGGAGAGAAAUCUUCUGUACAGAGGUCUCAGAAGAAACAACAAAAGGGAUCAGUUGAGCAAAAACCAGUGAAGGCGGCAUUUCAGCGAGUACAAGUUGACAAGAUACAAUUUGCCGACGAGAGGCUUCAGGAUAACUCAUAUUGGGCAAAGGAUGGUGCUGAGAAUGGUUAUGGUGCUAAAGCAGCAGAAAUUCUUGAUCAAGUUAGAGGAAGGGAUUUUCGCCAUGAGAAAACCAAGAAGAAACGUGGAACAUAUCGGGGAGGACAUAUUGAUUUACAUUCCCACUCAGUAAAGUUUAAUUACUCUGAUGAUGAGUGAUUGGGAAGCCUAUAGAUUCAGAUUCCUUUUGCCACCGUUUUUUGGGUUUGUAGUUUGAACAAUGCAGGUGGUAUUUCUUUAUAUUGUAUUAUUGCCCUUAUUUCGUUUCCAUCAAACAAGUUGAUUUCACAUCUAUGAUUUUUGCUAUGUUCCCAAUGGAACAAAAAAUUUUGUAGCCGGAAAACCGAAGACAUGUAAUUGUCUGAAUUUGUGAUAUUAGAUACCAUGCAGUUUUAGUUCU